CGGUUUAAAUUGAAGUUGAGAAUGAACAAGUUGAUUUGGAAAGUUUUUUCUUUUUGGUGAAUUAAUUGUUGUUUGGCAUUAAUUUGAUUAAAUUGUGAGUGUUUUUCUUAAAUUAAAUAUUUUAUUGUUGGUGUUUAAAGUGAUCAACCUGUUUACCUGGAAAGUGAACAAAAUUGUGAAAAAGGAAACAAAAUACAAAAAGUUUUUUUUCUGUCGUGUUAUUAUUUUGUUAUUUUCGGCUUUUCCGAGUUACCCAAAAAUAAUAGAGAAAAGGAAUAUAAAUAAACAAUAGCUGUUGUUAUGGGUCAUUUCAUCAAUGGUGGUGGUUCCAAUUCACAGAGAAAAGGAUUCAUCAGUGAGGAUAAUUUUCCAAUCUCCAUUGAUAUACGAACGGAAUCUCUUGAAUCGGUGUAUCUGGUUGAUCCUCGACCAUUUGCAAGAGGAAAAUUUGCCCAAGUGAAAAGAUGUGUCCAUAGACAAACAGGUAUCGAAUAUGCUGGUAAAUCGAAAAAACGACGACGAUCAACUGAUGUUCGACACGAGAUUAUGCACGAAAUUGGUGUCCUACUAUUAUCACAGAAUAAUGAUGGUAUCGUUAAGUUACAUGAAGUUUACGAAACAUCAAGUGAAUUCAUUUUAAUCUUAGAAAUGGCUAAAGGUGGUGAAUUACAGAGGAUAUUAGAUGAAGAGGAUACAAUCCCAGAGAAAGAUGUCAUCCGACUUUUGCGACAAAUUUUAAAUGCAUUACAAUUUCUCCAUAGUAAUAACAUUGCCCACCUUGACAUCAAGCCCCAAAAUUUACUAUUAACUGGACCUUUACCCGAAGGCGAAGUUAAACUUUGCGAUUUUGGUAUUUCACGAUUAAUCAGCGAAGGAGUUGAAUUAAGAGAAAUCGUUGGAACUCCAGAUUAUGUUGCACCCGAAAUAUUACAUUAUGAUGCAAUCAGAUUGGAAACUGAUAUGUGGUCCAUCGGGGUCUUGACCUAUGUCCUUCUUACAGGUUACUCUCCAUUUUCGGGUGACACUAAACAAGAAACCUAUUCAAAUAUAACCAACACUAAACUUGAAUUCGGACCAGAGUUUGAUGAAAUCUCUAUGGAUGCCAUUGACUUUAUUAAGAGUUUACUCGUUUCAGAUCCAAAGAAACGACCUACUGCCAAAGAAUGCUUAAAACACGCUUGGUUAAAGGAGGAUAAUAAUGUCGAUGAUCUUGCUGUUGGGGUUAAUGAUAGUUCAAGUGUUGUCAGUGCUCCCAAUGGUGUUUUACCUUGUGAUCAACAACCGGUCAACAAUUUACCCAAAGUUGUAGUGGUCAGCGAGAGUAAUAAGGAAAACCAAUCAUUCAUACAAGAUGAAGAUAAUAUCAACAGUUCAUACAACAGUUUCAGAGAUAAUAAUAUUUCAAAUGGUAUCGUUGUCGCUGCAAACAACAACAAUAAUAAUAACAACAAUUUGACCAGCAACAAUACUACGGUUAAUAAUAAUAACAAUAACAUUGUCAUCAAUAAUAACAAUAAUAAUAGUAUUAUCACAAGUAUGGAUAAAGUGUCCAAAGAUAAAAGUCGAGAUUAUUUUAUCCUAAAAAUGACCUCACAUUCAAAUAUCAGUGAAAGUAAAUCAGUUCCCAAUACUCCGUCCUGUAAACGAUUCAUGGUCAGUGAGGAAUCAUCAACAGUUGUCCGAUCGUCAUCAACUGAACGUCGUAAUAAUAACAACAACAAUAAUAAUAAUCUAUCUUCAUCUUCAUCUUCAUCAACAAACACAACCGAAAAAUCAACCUCAUCAACAUCAAUCCUGUUUAAAUCAAAUUCAUCAAUAACUUCAUAUUCAUCAUCAACAAGCUUCGAGUCACCUUAUCACUUAGUCUUCCGAGAAGAUAUAAGAGAUGAGAGGGUCAGCUUUAUUUAUUGAAAGUGUCCACUACAACAAACCCACUCUCUCCCUCUUCCUCUCUCUCUCCACCAUUAUUAUUAUUUUCAUCAUUACAAUUACACAUUAAUUACCUUUUUCAUGUACCAGUUUUUUCAUCCCCUUAAAAGAUGCUGUUGAUAAAAUGAUAUCAAAUGAUGAUGAUGAUGAUGAUGAUGACAGGAAGAUAACCAGAGAGGGAGAGAGAUAAAUGCUUAAAAUACUUUGAGCUAUAUUCUGAUACAAGGGAUGGCCCACAAAAAGGUUGGACGGGUAGACUAAUUUUCCACCUCAGAUUUCAUGAGUAUUUCAAUUCAAUCCAAGUUUCGAUCUAAUUUAAUUGAAUUGAUUUUAUUGUUGAUGAGAAAUUACCUUAAGUUAAUUAUAUGUUUGUUUUUUUAUAUCUCGUUGAUUUACACAGAAAAAAAUCAUUGGGAAAUUAGCUCAUCUCUUUUUACGGGUUAUCCCUUUAGGAAGCGAAUGAAAAACAAAAAUUGGCAAAGCGAAAAUAGAUUACCGUUUGUUUUGCUCUCUUUUUCUCGUAGAAAAGUUUACAUUUUAUAUGAUAGAGAUUGAGAGAGAAUAAGGUUUCAUCUUCCUCAUCAUCAUCAUCAUCAUUCUCUGUUAUUAAAUCAUCAACACUCUUGUCAAUGAUUUCAAUAACAACCUCAAAAAGGAUGCAAUUUAUUGAGCAUAAAAAAAUCCACUUUUGCCUUUUCUCUUUGUUAUAUACAAACUAUUCACUCUGUGUUCAACUGAUUGAUCAAUUGAUCAAUACAUUUAAUCACUAUUAUCACACCACCUCCACACAAACACACACACACACAAAUCAAUCAACAAACUAUUUCACAAUUUGGCCUUUGUUUGAAUGACCUUUCAAAGUAAAUGGACACAUACACAAACCACAACAAUUAAGACUCAGGAAUCAAGACAAUGAUUGGCAACAAAAAAAAGACUCUAAAUGGUGUGGAAUCAAUUAAUUAGCAAGGAAAUUGUUGAUUGUUGAAAUGUUUUCUCUCCAUAAACCACCUUGCUCUUUCUUUUUCUCUUUCUCUCUCAGCUUGUCUUCAUUUUUAUCUUCCAAUCACAUUGCCAAGCAUGUUCAUCAUCUAUGUCCCCUUUUUUUCAUCUUCCUUUUCAAUUGUGAUCUCCGUGUCGUCUUCCCUUCACCUAUGGGUAGCUAUUAAUAUAUAAGUUAUUUCAUCUGAAACUGUUUCUUUUUCCGCUCUGUAACAUCAUCAUCCUCAUCAUCUUCAUCUUCAUCAUCAUUUUGAAAACUUUCCUUGAUGUUGAAAUAACAAGAAGCAAAAAAAUGUUACAUGAGAGAGCGAGAGAGAGAGAGAGAGAUGUAGACAGAAAAUAGUGAAAAUUUGAUGAAGGAUGAUGAAGAUGAAGAAAAACUUUGUCAAUAUUUUGCUCUUCUCGAUUAAUUAACUUCAUUAUUUAACUAUUAUCAUGAUGAUGACCAAACCACAAUCAAGGGAAAUCAAUUGAACAACACACACAAUCAAAUCAACAAUCAUCACCACCAACAAUUUAUAAAUCAUCUAAACUUAAACAAAAUGUAAUGUCCAAUGUAAUGUCCAAAUCAGAGAUAUAAACAUCUUAUCACAAUUUAAA